UGUGUUUUAGGGUUCUGUGCUUUUCUGUAGCCCCUCGGAGUGACCUCCCAACAUUUCUUACGUUUAGGAGUCUUUUUCGAAAAUGGACUUGUGAUAGGUCUGAGGUUAAACUAUAAUGAUAACGGGAUUAAAAAGAAGUAAUAUCUCAAAAAAGUUUCUCUAAAGUAGCAGUCUAUCUCAAAACAGAUGACGUUUCCAGGUCACAAUCCACACCUGUUUGGUUGGAGGAGCCUCAGCGAGAGUAAAACACCUGCUGACAAGGUAAAUUAAACCUCCUGAUUUGUGCAAAAUCCAGUUAUAAAGUUUAUACAGUAACUGUCCAGGGGGAGAGGGGAUUAAACUUUGGCUGGCUUUUCCAAAAAUAUAACAAAAUGUUUCACCUCCUAUUUAGAAAAAAAAAAAACCUGAAAGCAUCUUUACACUACUUAAACUUUCCAGACAUUUCUCCAAGGAUUAUAAAAAAAAGGCCAUCCUGGAUUUAUGGAUUCAGGAGAAGCACAUCCAUGUUAAGACUAUGUAUAUGAUAUGGCUUAUGUGAGGGAACAAAUGACAUUCAGAUGGCCUUUCUCAGAUACUCAUAAGCCUGCAGCCAGAGAAAUAGAUAACUGAAUCACUCUGAGUAAAGCACCAACUUCUGGACGUCUGGGGGAUGAUUUUGAGGUAAUCUGCUGAUUUGAGGCAACGGCUAAGCUUUCCUGUGAAAUAAUCCGCAGACAUCAGGCUCUGGCUCAGACCUUAAUUUGCACACUGGGUUCACAGCUCGUGGUGUCUGUAUAUCUUCAAACUGGCAAAGCUGACCAUGAAAGCAGCAUUUUCAUGGGAUUUGGGGUGUCAUUGAAAACCUACUACUGAAUUGGUUUUUCUUUUACGGACAGAUUCACGAGAAGAAUGGUGAUAUCGACCAGUGGAGGAAGGUGAGAAAAACUUGAGAUUGUGCAGCUGUGAAUAUUGGUGCAUGUUAUAGUAUUAUUGUAGCCUGAAUUCAGUUGGGUUUGGAGCGUCAGUAGAUAAAACAAACAAUUAAAACAAACAAUUAAAAGCAUUUAAAUUGAUAUUGACGAUAUUUGUAACUUCGUCUUUCCUUUUCAGACUAAAUGGUUACUCAAACAACCACCACUUAGACUGUUGUCAAGAAAAACAAUCCUUAGUUUGUCUUCUCAUUUUCUGCAGCGUGUGGAGAAGGCUUCUGAGUUUGCCGUAUCUGAAGUCUUCUUCCAAAAGAAACCUCAUUCAAGCACCCACAGCCUCUCCAUGCCAUUGAACAGCUCUGACCAGUUAAGAGACCAUGAUGAGGCUUACAGUGAAGGUGGGUCAGCCCAUGGAAAAAAUACUGAAGUGUCUCUUAUGAAGUACUUCCUUCCUUCUUAAAAUACAGAGCUCAGCCUAGGCAGCAGCAAUUAGAAAUAUAUUUAUUCUUUUUUUUCUGUUUUAUGUAUUUUAUGCAGCUCAGGCUCUUCUUGGGGAUUGGCUGAGCAGUAAGUUGCGUCUUGAGCUGGAGAUGGAUGAAGAGGAUGACUCCAUGGGUUCUGCAGGGAGGAUAAGCCCUAUUGCUUUGGCUAGUGCCCAACCUGCUUUCCUAAAAUACGACAAAUUUGAUGGUACAAAGCAAGACCAUAGAUCUUUCAAUCCAACUUAGCUGAGACUUAUUGCUUAAUUGAUCAAAGACAGUUCGAGUUUGACAUUUUGGGCCAUUAUGGGAAAAAAAAGUUCAUAUAUGAUGUCAAAAGCCCAAAAAGAAAUUGAGAGAAACAAAUAACAACUAUAUUUAAUGCUGAAUUUAUCUAUUAAUAAAACACUAAAGAAAUUAAUUCCAUAAAAUCUUAUUAUUAUAUAACACUACAUGUACAGACAGGAAUCAGUUAAGAAAUAAGAAGUACUGCUUUACACACAAGAAGCACCAGAUUGGACACAAACAUGAGGAGCUUUAAUAAAACCUCUGGAUGUGAUGUAUUAUAACACUUCUCUGACAUUUGGAUACAGAGUUGUACAACUGUCUGGCAGAGGAAGAGGAGCAGAGGGCUGUUAGCAGCUUCCUUCAGGACCUGAUAGAGCAGGAGGUGCUGGACUCUGGGAUGAUGGAGGAGCUGGCUCUGGAUGUUGGGCAAACAAGGAAGAAGUUCAGAGACCCUGUUGUCACCAUGAAUGCCCGACACUUGCAGGUAUGUGAGACCCAAGUCCUUCAAGGUGUAUAAGAGAUAUGGGUCUGAAAGCGCUCUGGAGCAGACCACCUUUCUGAAACAAAGUUGUUCUUCAUUCCAUCUACUUCCUCUGAUUGCUACUAAAGGUACGAGAAAACAGAGCCCGACGAGAGGCUGAGUGGCAGCGGCAACAGAGAGAGAAGGUGGUCCAGCGUGGGGCCAGAGAGGAGGCAAAGAGGAAGGAGCGAGAGAAGGAAAUGAGAAGGAAACAGGAGGAGAGGAGGCAGGAGGAGAUGGUGCAACAGGAGAUGGUGAGGCUGCGGCGUCAGAUGGAAGAGAGGAGAGGCCUGGAGCAGAUGGUCAGACAGAGGUAUGGUAGCCACAGCAACCAUUCUCUUCCUUCUGCUGAGGUGAUUUUGAAAAUUGCCCACAUCUGAAACGAGCUGUUCCAAUUGCAUUGUCCUGUUUGUGAUCUGGCCUGCUUCAGUGGUUGACAGUAAUCUCUGUAAAAGUAAGUCUGUGAUGUGCUGACUCCCUGACCCAAACUCUGAUUGUGGGAGAGUCCCUGUAGAGGGACCUGAACAAAGAGAGCCAUGGUAAACUCAGUCAGAGUGAACAGGCUUUCUAUAUAACAGAACAAUGAAAACUUGUCCUUAGAUGACCUCCUUAGAUUCGGCAAUGAUAGAGAUUCACUGCGCUGUAAGAAAAAAUCAAGGAAAUUAACUUAAAAUGAACAAAAUGUACUUCUGCUUUAUUGAAAGGAAAAACAUUCAGGAAAAAAAUAUGUACCUGCUUUCACUGGUGUUUUACCAAGCCUCAGGAGCAGGUUCAACAGUUAUUUCUAAUUUUCCAUCCCUGCCAUGCAGUCUGUUACCCUGUCUGCAUAUCUAAGCUCGUUUCUUUCACCUGGUUCCUCCACAGAGUCCCCCAUUGCAUUAUCAAUUCUAUAAAAUAAACCAGCAGCGGACUUGAAAGCCACUUUGUUACAAAGGCCUCAAGCUUAAGCAAACUAUUUGCUGUAUAUAAUAAAUAAGUAAUAAAGACUAGAACUUUAAUGCUAAAGCACUUUAAAAUUAUGGACCUGGCACUUGGGCCCUAGCUAAGACCAGAGUGAGAGCAUGGUAAAACUGAGACUUAAAAUUUUAGAGAGUCCUCAUAAUCUCUUGAGAUCAAGAUGAAGAGUAUAGCUGUUCAGCAUCAGUCUGGUUCUGCUCGAGGUUUCUGUCUCUUUAGAGAUAGUUUUUCUGUGCUACUGUAACUUUGCCAAAGGCUGCUUAUGGUGGAUUUAGAUAGGAUAAGACUAAAUCUUAACAUAAGAUGAGUUUGAAUCUUAUCCAUUUUUGAUAUUGAGGUUUUGUAAGUAAAAUAUACUAAGGGAAUGGUCUAGACCUGCCUUUUUUCUGGAAACCUGUCCAGAACUAGCAUGGUGCUAUUUGAAUGCCAGAAAACACAUUUCUGUGUAAACAUCUUCAUAAAUGAUGGUAGCUGACACUAUUUCUUCAGUUGACUUUUGUGGCAGGGGUCAAAAUCCCACCCACAUAGCGAUACAGUUUCAUAAAACAGGAGAAAUAAAGGUAAUGUUCGCAAAGAGUUUCAGGAGUAUCACAGAAAGAGCAAUUUUAAACCUUCCUCAGAGGGGAGGGGGAAAACCAUACAUGCUUUGAUUCUACAAGGAGACAGAGACCUUCAAAAAGUGCCCAGCAGACCUGUCAUGAGAUUAAGAUUUUUACUCCAUAGUCAGCAUUUCAAGAUGCUGAUAUUUAGCAGGUGCAGUGUUUAGCAUUUUCGCCAUCUCAUUUGACAUUUAAACAAGGAAGCAUCUAAUUAGCACCAAACCCCUGAAGCUAUUUGGAGAGUCAUUAGCAGUGUAGGGUUUAAGUAGCAACUGGGUAUUCAGUCAUUUUUGCCUGGUUAUGAUGCUUUUAAAAAAACUUGUGUAAAUCGAAGUUGAGAUUUUUUUCUCAAGAGCAUAAAAGUCAAUUUCAUGGUGGCACUGGAGGAAAAAUGAGACAGUUCAGUCGCAUUAAUUAGCAGGAUCCAACUGCAGGAAGUUUCACAAAGUUUUCAUUUUUCAGGGCAUUCAUUUUAGCGGUAUGCUAAUCUUAUUGAUGGAUUUAAAAAGGAAGUUAUGAAUACAAUAACUAUUAUAGUGGAGGUCAUGAGAACUAUCCAAUAAGGUCAACGGUUUUACAAAUCGAAACCUCGAGCAUUGACUGUUAUCCUCCAUAUUUCUCUGGUACAUUCAAUAGUGCAUUAUUAUUUAAUCCACAGGGAGAGACAGAGAGCAGAAGGGCAGGGGGCAGCCAGAAGGCUCCAGUCAGCUCCUCCACUUCCUACUAAACAGCAGCUGCGGGACACAGAGCAGCUCUAUAGACAAGAAAAAAUACAAGCCAAGGUUCAAAUGCAUGACCUCAAGGUAGGGACCUGUGGGCAGUGCUGUGUGGGAUUGUGAAUUUGCAGGUUUUCACAGCAAAUGUAAAUGCAAAUACCCAGAUUUUUAGCAUGCAUGUUUGAAUUUUGGGGCUUGUUUCAAAGUGUCUGCAGAGGCAUUUCUCUGGAUGGUAUACUGUUGUUCUGGAUCAACGGCUACGUUUGGGUAAGGCCACGGCUCUCUGUAACUGGAAGAGGCAGCUGAAAGCAUGGAGAGCAUGGCGGACAGUGGUGUGGACUCGGCAAAGGCAGCGAGAAAUCACCAGAACAGAGGAGGAGCUACGAACUGAAAACAGGCAAGGACUAAUACGAAUUGACAGUAAACAAUCCUGUUGAUCUGUACAAAUUUGCAUGUAACAAUGAACACAAUGUGAAUGUUCAAAAAACAGAAUCUUAAUUAUCGCUGUAUUCUGACAAGAAACUUAUUGAUAUAUCUAGUGACCAAGUAAACUAAAUAAAAAUGCAAUCACACCCUAUUCACUGAAGACAGAGCCAGCUUGCCGCAGAGAGUUACCAGAGGCAACUCUUGAGGCGAUGCCUGAGUGAGUGGCAGUGUUGGUGUCGGACAGAGAAGGAACAACGAGAGCUUUUGGCCCAGCAGCAGGAGAUCCGGCACAAGAUGGCUGCCUUAAUAAACGCUGCAUCAACAGGCAGACUCGGGGCUGCAGAAGCCCCCAAAUAUCAGCAGAUAAUGGCCCCACCUGAGGCUGUGUCUGUGUCUGUCGAACCAGAGAGGACAAACAAGGUAAGAGAUGCACCCGGAAAGCCUUAUUAGACUGAAAGUUUGGGUCUAAACUGAACAUAAGUGUUGUUUUCUGAAUCUCAUAUGGGCUCGGGUUGACCUGAACUUUUCUCAGCAUGUCCACUGGAACAAAACAUCCUUUUCCUGCUUAAAUAUUCACAACUCAGGCAAGAAUGAGCUGAAAACUAUAGGGGACGGGAAGGUAUAGAGCAGAUGGAAAGAAUACCAGGGAGUAUAUGUGGUAGGAUUGUAGAGCAGAGCCAGGGGGACUGAAGGAUUAGGGCAGGAGAUAGAGUUAAACCUGCAGGAGUUCAUAGUGAAGGGGUCAAUGUGAGCCCUGCUGCUUAUAUAUCAGGACUCCAGGGCCUCAGCUGAGAUAAAGAAAGCCUCCCUCUGUAUCUGUGUCACCCCCCUGAAGCUUUUCAUAGAGUUUUGUGUUUUUACAUGUUCAUAUGAGCAUCUUUAUUUUUUCUGUUUCUUCCUCCGCAGGAAGAUCACCACAGGUCAGGCACUUCAGCCCCUAACACCUCUGCAGUGCAGCGAAAGACAAUCUCUGUGGGCGCUGUGACAAAGCCCACUCAGCCAUGGCAGGUGACCCGAAAACAUGCAGCUCUGACUGCAGCCGAGCGCCACAAGGCACAGCAGAGAUGGGAGCGCGAUAGCAACACAGCUUUAGAAGUCACAACGACACCAGACAGCAGGUUCGAGAAACGAAAUACUGUCCAGCAGCAGAUCAUCACACAGCAGAGGAGGCUGCUGAAGGAGCAGCAGGAGCAGAUAGCUCGGCUGAAGGAGGAGCAGAGUAUGGUGAACCUGGAGCUGCAAAUGGAGAAAGCUGCACAGCUCACUCAGCUUUCAGCGCUGCAGGGCCAGAGAGCAAAGAGUCACAAGACUGGCCCCACAGAGCAGAGGUAGGCUUCCUACACAUCACUCAAAGUCAUGUAGUCAGGGUCAAGAUUUUGCAGUAUAAAGGUACAUCACACACAUUUUCAUGAAUCAUUGAGAAGGUGUGAUUAUCAUUUAUCAGUGAAAUUAGGUUUGUGAGUCUUUUACACUGAUAAACAUUAAUUAAUGGUUCACUAAGAGUUUGUUAAAUAACCUGUUUCCAUUUUUAAUGUUAAUGGAAGUGUAUAAAUUACUUUUUUUCUUCUCCUGAGAAGGUCAGAUUUUAAUUAACCUUAAAGGCGUUACUUCAUUAUAUUGCUUUUGAAUUGAGGGUGACAUAUUGAAAUGAGAUCAGAUUUUCUGGUACGUUGAUUUGGCUCUGAUAGGCUGGCGAGUGAUAGAGAUAGCAGAUACACCAAGAGUAUCAUACCAUGAGUUUUUAUGGCAAAAUCAUGUUUUAUCACCACUCUUUUUUAUGUUUAUUUCUAAACAGUUUGGCAAGUUACUGAAAAGCACAACUUUCUAAUUUCCAUAUUCCAAGAAAAAAAGGAUAAUAGACCAUUUAGGCAAAAACACAUUUUUGAACAGAUUUUAAACUUUGUGUGCAUUUUUGCCAUUUCAUGCUAGAUAUAUGGGUGUUGACAUGGAUAUGCCUUCAAAUAUUCUUAGUCUUAGCCAUUUUUGCUUAAUUCAAAAGUUAGUCAUGACAAAAUAAAAAGAAGACGAUGAUUUGGAAAGGAAACAAACAGCAGCACUCAGGUGAAGUACACUCUUGCUGAGCUUAUUCAACCCAACAUGAAUCUCAUUUUCUGUUAAGAUUUAAAGCAGCAUCAUUCACAUUGCAAUUCAGUGGUAUUCUCUAAAAAGGAAAACGCUGGUGCAACUUUGGCUGACAUAACCAUGUAGUGUAGGACCCAUACCAACUGGAUCUAAUGUAGUAGUUUAAUCCCCUUCCUCAAAGUCGGUCAUCAAACAAAAGUAAGCUUUUAAAAACAAUCUGGACCAACUUUAGAAUUGUAAGUGUGGAGUUUUUUUAAAUGGUUAACAAGACAAGAAUAAGAGUAAGUCAGUAUGUGAGAUCAUUCUUUUCAGAGUGAGACUUUUUCUCACCUUUAGCAUAUUUGCAAUGUGUGUGUGCGUUUGUGUAAUUAGACACAGAGAAGUCAGGCUGCACGACUUUGCUGUCAUGACUAGCAAAUGCAUCCCUUGUCACAAAACACUGAAAACACACAGGAUAUCUUUUGUAUUCUAGUGUUGUCAUCCUCAGUGUGUGCAGCUUGAUACUGUAGUGUAUAAUUCAGAGGCAGCUGUGGUCAGGAGUUUAACUUCAGGGCUGUACACAUGCCGAAGUGUCCAUGAGCAAGACACUUGACUAAUCCUUCACAAUCUAAUGUCCUCCUGGUAAGUAACACCAUUUGUGAUACAGCAUUGUUUCUAUUAAACUGUUCCAGAUAAUUGAUGAAACUCAUAUUUGGAUGAGAUACUUUGAAGAAAUAAAGGUGAAAGCUAAUAAUAAGAAAGCAGUUUCAGAAUAGAAAGGUUACCUGUACUGUAAGUAAAGCCUGACCAUUACUCAUGUCCACAGUUGUUUUGGGAUUCAGACCUAUUACAGAUAUGUUAGCAGUGUUUGAUAUACGUGGACAAUUACUCAGUAGGUUACAAUGGUGUCUUUCAACCACCCAAACUUUGUGCAUUGUGAUAUUAUUCUUGUUCUGUCCAUUUAAGAUAAUCAGCCAUGAUGAUAAGUGAGAUCGACGAUCAUGUCACUCUUUGCAUCUGAUAAUCUGCUGUGCCUGACACAUAAUCUGCUGCAGAUGAUCAGAGAGAGGGGGAGGGCGGCAUCAGUUCAGUACAUCCCCUCUGUUAAUGCAUUGAUUGAGGUGUUAAUUAUGAACCUUUUCAUACUGCUGUAUUCGAAAUUAUGAGCAGCUGGUUGCUGCUAAUGCCAUUCUGACACAGUUUGGAUCCUUGUGAAAGACUAAAAGCCUGGACCACCCACCGCUCACCUGUGGUGAUAAUGUAAUACCGAGUGAGAGGUUUUCAAUUUUUAUAGAUUGUGCUGAGGAUAAAAUUUGUUGACUCAUGAAGAAGAGUAAAAGGAGUGACUGAGGAGGGGGGAACUUGGCUCUGUGUGUAAAGGGGAAAACUGUGGGUGUGUGUGUAUGAGGGGAGUCAUAUUGCUGCAAUUAUCAGUCUCAAAGAUCUCUCAUUAGUACAGCAAUUUCUGAAAAGGCCAAUAAUUAUAGAAACUGUGCAGCGUGCCCUUUUUCACUCUCUUCCUGAACCUAUUUGGACUGAAUUUGCACAUUUCUCUGAGUAAAACAGUGUCCAGACGACCAAAGUGCAUUGCUUUCUCCUCAUUUUCCUUUAAGAUGAUGACCCGACUGAGACUAGCUCCCUCCACUUUCACAGCACUCAUGGAAAAUGUGUUGGCACGUCACUGUCUGAGAAAAUCUUGAUAAUGAGUGAUAGAAGGUUGAAAGGAUUUUUAGUCCUAUAAGGUAUGUGUGUAGAAUAGUACAGGCCCUCCCUGCUUUUGGAAGCAACACCCAGGUGAGUCAGAGUAAAAGUCAUUAUCUGUUAAUAGCUCUCCCAAUUGAAUCACAUCUCACAGACGAGAAGAUACAAAGAAAGAGCUACAGACGGAUUUUUGAAGCAAGGAGAGAGCUGAAGUCAGGAGGUGGUGCAAAAUGUUCUUUUUUUGUGUUCAGUCUUUGUACAUGUAAUCAUGUAUUUAUAAGAUUUCAAAUGAAAUAGACUUUGAAAGGAGUCUAAACCACCUCGAAGAGGCUGUGUAGCGAUUUUUAUAAGGAAGAAGUAAAAAGUUUUUGCUCUUCAUUGGAAUCCUUUUAUAGAUUUAGGCCAGUCUGACACGUGUCGGCAGGGUUUCCAUGAAGUCGAUGCCUUUCUGAAUUGAUAUGUUCCAGUCAGUGGUCAGGAACAUAUGAGAGCGCUGAAAAGGUUAUGAAUGGACUCUGUAUGUGUGCUCCUGACUUUGAUUGUUACUCUUGCAGUGUGCCGAGAGCCCUUACAGAACCAGGUCUUGGUGCAUCUCAGAGGAAAGCUGUCACGCGGCAGAAAUGCCAACAUCCAAUCAUUACAGGUCAGUCUGCAAGUUCCUCCUCUCAGAAACACACUGUGGAAGUAUACGUCCUCUCAAAAACGCACGUGUUGUUUCUAUAUGUCACAAGCAAGUGGCAACAUGAUGCUGUGGCUUUUAUGUCUUGUACCUAGAAAAUUUCACAGCCCUGAGUCACACAUAGGCCGGCAUAAUUUGCAUGUAUAUAAAAGCCUUUGGGUCUAUAGUCAUUCAAAAGCAGCACUCAUGUGAUGUGCACCUUGACUUCAGUUACGUGCAGAGUAUGAAGAGCAGAACCAUACAAUUACAUUCUGAAAUUCACUCAAUAUUGUUUUCCACUCACCUCUGUUCUUCUCCCCGAAGCCAUGGAGGAGCGUGCACUACAACGUGCAAAGCGGAGGAAGGAAAUUGAGGAGCUCAAAAGGAAGAAGGAAGAGGAAAAACUGGUAUAAAGUGUUUAGUGGAAUAAAUGUCACACUUAACAUGACAUGAAAAUAACAUAAUAUGGGGAGAAAAAGCUUAAAAACUCACAUUUUACAGGCUGAGAUGAAAGCUGCCGAGGAGCAGAGACAGAGGGAGGAAGAAGAGGAGAAGCGCAGAGUGGCAGAGAGGAAGAAAGAGGAGAAAAGACAAGAAAAAGCUGUGAGAUACUGUUCAUUUUUCACAUCAAGAACUUCAGAAUUAUAGGAAAUGAGAAACACAACACUCCAGACACACAACAAAACAUUUACGUCUUUCAAACGAUUCUUGAAAAGAUCACUUCUUCUAAACUUACUUACCCACUGAGCAAUGACGACUAUUAGACGUCUAGUUUUUUUUUAGACCUAAUUUCAACAGUCUGGAUUCUGUAUAUUAUUAGACAGAAUUUAGACGUUGCACUUUAACCCAUUAUUCGAUAAGUAUUUAUUUCAAAAAGCAACUGUGAGUGGCAUAACUGAUCUACAAGUACUUAACCAAAAUAAUUAUAAUAGCUGUUGAGCAACAUACAGUGUAGUAUAAAUAUAGCCCAGAUUUAGACUUGGUCUAAACUUGGUCUAAAUUUAGACGUCUGAAAAACUUUUUUAGACCUGUGGUAGCCUGGUUUUAGACCAGUCGACUAGGCUACAUUUAGACGUCUAUUAGACCUCUUUCAGACCAAAAAAUGCUCAGUGGGUAUGUGUGAUAUCUGACACUGUAAGUGUCCUUUGAUCGUCUUUAUUUUUUAUUUAUUUUUUCUUUUUAUUUCCUCAUUUAAUGAUGAAUUUUUUAGCACUUUUGUUUCUUUUAAUUUCAUGUUCUUGUUUUUAUACCUUUUUUACUACUUUAACUGUAUUUUCCCUUGUGGUAUCUGGAGUACUACACCAACAUGCAUUGCCUUGAGGUAAUUUUUCAAGGAUGGCCGGAGGCGACCAAUUCUGGAAUAUGGGCUUGUGCUUAUCAUUAUUCUCCUUAAUGGUUCCAGGGACAGGAUAUCCUGGACAGGGCAUAUUCCCAGUUCACAGGUCACAGGCCACAAUAUUGGGUUACUAAAAUCCAGACGUUGACGAAAAUUAGAUUAGAGAUGAAGAAUUUAGAUUAGAGAUGAAGAAUGGAUGUAGGGGGACCUACAUCCCUAACCAUAUAUAACAGGGUCACAAACUCUGGUUGGGAGAGCUGGACAUCAUUGGCAGUCCUCUCCCAGCAUCCACGGUGCUGCUCUGAUACUGGUGUUCUCUUUAUAAUAAACUCCUCUUAUACAAGCAAGCCAGUGUCACGAAGCCUCCUUCUGCAUCUACACAUCGAGGACAGCCCAGACACAACACCCUCUUUUUUGUGCUUCUCUUUUUUCCUUUUCCUUUUAAUGCGCUUUAUGUCUUAUGUUUUUUUCUCUGUUUCUUCUCUGCUGAGCUGUUACAUAUUUAUACCCCCCCACCAUGUUUUUGUUCUGCCUCACUACGUCUGCCCAUGUUGUUUGGGUUCUUUUGUUGCCUGCUGAGAUUUUUGAUUCGCUUGUUUGUCAAAACACUUAAUAAGUCUUGUUUCAAAAUUACUCUUAAAAAAAUAUGAUUAUUCUCUGCGUUCCUAUUUUUAGUAUCUUUUCAACCAUCUCACCUUCCUUGCAUGUGCAGAGAGAAGAAGAAAAACAGCGACAACUGAAAAGGCAGCAGGAGCUGAUGAAGUUGGCCCGUCAGCACUACCACAGAAACCUGCUUCUGCGUCAAGGCCUGGCACCAUGGAGGCGCCUCAUUCAGCUUGGACAAGCCAACAUACAGGUAAUUCACCUGUCAGAGUAUAUUUUUAGGCUGCCCUAAACCUUCCAGCUCAGCCCAUUAUAAACCCAGCAGGUGGGCUUGAUUUCGGCUUUCGCUUCAGAGAGCACCUAGAGAUCCUGUUUGAACAGGAAACUGCGCAAGUGGCACUUCAGGUUUUCCAUCAUCACACUCCCCCGCAAGGAGUGACAUCGAGGGAAAGAGAAGAUUUCUAACUUGAAUGUUCAAGUCCUAACAUGAGCCAUGGAUUUGAAUGAUAAGAAGUAAAUCCAGGAGGGCUAUAGUGACGCUUUUACAUGAAAAAUAAACCCAAUAAUAUUACAGUGUGUCCUCUAACCAGCUUGGAGGCACUUAACAUUGACUUUGUGUGUGUGCGUGUUACAGGCUAUUAAUUAUUCAAAUCUUCAGAAAUAGCUGAAUGUUUUUCAUAAUUCGAGGACUGGGCAGGGACAUAAUACCUCCCAGUGUUCUCAUGCUGAGAGGCUUGUUAGGAAUCUGUCAGAGGAAGAUUACAGAGACUAAUCUGUUUGAGAUUUUGGAGAUUCAAACAAGAUUAAACACUCUUGUUGUCUUGAAUAUUGUGUUGCAGCUGUGUCAAGAUGAGACAUAUUUAGGUUGUGGAAAAUCUUCCGAACAGGAUGUAUGUUAAAAACCUUUUAAAACUGACAGUCAUUUGAAACCUCUGCUGUUUCUCGGCGUUCAUUUAUUUACUCUGUUUCUGUAAAUUUUGUGGACUUAGUUCAAUUUUACUAUCUGGGCUUUUACCUUGCUGUGAAGCACUUAGGAAAAAAUUAUAACCUGCCAUCAUAACCUAACAGUGCCAUGUUUAAUUGAUCAUUAUGUUAAGAGACCUCUUACCACAUACUGUUUAUCCACGGGCAUGCCAACCUAAAACAGCUAAAAGGUUUAUAAUUGCAGUAAUGGACUAAGUGGCUUAAUUAAAACACUAGUUUAGUUCUGAAUUCAACAUCAUGAACCAAAGUAUUACUUUUGACACGCUCAAACAGGACAGAGGGAGAAUAUUUAGUGGUAUUUGUAACUUUUAAGCCAAUUUCCCUUUUUGUAUCAUCAUUAAAUCUUCAAAAUGUUCCUGUCGCACAAAAUCCUCUGGGCAUACAUGUUACACCGAUAAAUAUAAACCCUCUUUGUUAAAUGUGCGAUACAGUCAAAGACAAGCUGCUCAUCAUUUAACACCGCUCUAUUGUUUCAACCUGGCACAUACUGAAGUUGAGUUUGGUCGCAUUCAUCGGCGAGCAUCGGCUCCUUUCUUUUCAAUCCCCGCCAGCUGGCAGACGGUCACCACAAUCUCUUCCUCCUGAGGCGCUGCACACGGGGCUGGCUCCAAUCAGCAAGAGAGUCCAUGUUUGAGAAGGAGGCUUCUGCUGACCAACUGUACCAGCACUUUUUGCUUCGGAGGAGCUUAAGCCGCUGGAAGAGAGUAUGUAUUUACCACGCAUACACACACACACACACAGACACAUACACACAGUCUCUCAGACAGGAUGCUGCCUCCCUGUUUUCCACCCUGCACUUAGAGAUACACCUUCUCAUAAUCUCCUUUUCUGCUGCCCUCAGUUAUGUUUUAGGUGCUCAGUUUUACAUUAAAAACAAAGUUGGAUUGCCGGAACAUUUUAAAGAUACAAAUUACUCAUACACUUUUCUAUGUAUAAAUAAUUUAUAUGUAUGAGUCAAAUAAUAAUAAAACUUAUUUUCCCAGCUUUGGAAGAUUGGGUUACUUCAGGUCAAUUAUACCCUUAACAAUUACAUAAAUAAUUUCUUUGUUACUUUUUUUCUUCAGCUCAUAGACUGGCGUUUGAUUCAAGAGGAGAGAGCCAAGCGUUUCUACCGCACACGCACAUUAAGGAGGUUUUUACUGGCGCUACUGGGCCAUGUGACCCAGGAGAGGCUGCUGGAGUGGGACCGUCAAGAGCUGUCUCGGCAGCACAAUAACAGGUGUGUUCCCCGCGACGUUCCCAUGUGUUCACUAUGCGGUCAAUGCUGUGUGUUCCCACACUCUCACUGGAAACAUAACCCACUAACAAGGUGUCAGAUUAAGAUUUGGCCUCACAGUUGGUCCAAGUUUAAUUAUGUGCUGGUAUCAUACCAGGGCUGUUUGGCUACAGUUUGACAUAAACACACACACAGGCCUCUAAUUCCUGUAAAUAAAACGACAUGAAUUUUUAGUGAAACAAACACCCAGAGGUCUGCUCUAGGAAGGCUGUUAAAAUUUACUCUCUAUGAUUAUAAGUUUCAUAAUAAAGGUCUGACACCUGGACGUGCAUGUUCGAGCCAGCAAUUAAACUUUCAGGUUUACUGCCAUCAACAAGAUUCAACAACCAUUAAUUCCCAAUUUCAGUUUUGUUGAAGCAGCAUCAGAUUCCUCAUCAAGUCGAUGUAAACACAAUAUUUAUCUGGUAUGAUCAGUACUUCUGUUGUCCAGCAUGCCACUCUGCCAAAAUUCACCAAUGCUGCUGUUGUGAAUACUGCUCAUGUCUAUAUGCAUUGCAAAUAACCAGUAGUUAUUAAAUAUUGCAGACAAGAUUAAGCAGAUGGGCUGAAAUUGCUAUUCCAAGGUGCAAACCGGCCAAGUAAAUUAAAAAAAAACAUCAGUGAAGUAACUCUUUGAGAACUUUUCCAAUUUGGAUCUAAACUGUUUGUUUCCUUAAACUAGACAUUUUCAAGUCAGGAAACACAAUUUGGUUUUGCUAGCUCAAUAAAAGCAUUAUUAUUCAUAUUUCCCAUAAUAGCCUAAAUGGAUGUUUCUUCAAUGUUAAUUGUGUGGUAGUCAUGCUUAAAGAAUGUGAAUGUUAAUAAAGUUCAGCCUCUCAUGUCAGGUUAACUAAAUGACCACAGCCUGUAGGUGAAUUCCCACUGCUUGCCAAGCUGCCAUUGUCAGUAAAACCCCAGUGACACCAUGUGAAAACUCAUUAAGCUUUGUCAACUCAGAGGUCUCCAUAAUUCAUUUUUUAUUGCUCACUUGCUUGUUCCCGUCUGUCCCUCCAUCUGCCUGCACCUCAGACAGGUGCUGCGGCGCUGCUUCCUGAUCUGGAGACAGCUUCCAUGUCUACUGGGCAAAGAAAGGGAGAAGGAAGCGCGACGGGAGAGGCUGGGACGGAAAGUGGCAGAGGUCCUGUCUGAUUUCUGCUCCCAUCCAACGCAAUGAUAGAAGAAUUUAGAAACUGUCACCGUACGAUACAUCUCAGAAUCUCAGGAGAGGACACACAAGAAACUCACAUGCACAUUCUUCACGUUUAUUCAAUAUAAAUAGGUAAUACAACCUUCAAACAGAUGGACAGUACAAUUUUUAGGAUCCUAAUAAAAGUCUCCAAUGUCUUUGAACACUAAUAAAAGCAGGGAUAAUGAAAAGCACUUAAAACUUCUCAAGUUGACAUAAACGUGUAUUGAUUUACUUACUUUUCUCAUAUUUUCAGAGCAGUUUAAUUAGUCAGAACCAAUUUAGGAGAGCGAAAAUGACUGCUAAUCUGUUUAUAACUAUCUAAUCAUGAAUCAGGUUCAUUAUACUGACACACUGUUACAUUUAAUGAGCCUGAUUAUGAGGCUUGUACUGUUAUGUUUGAUAUUUCUGUGAUAAAUAAUCUCAACACGUUCAGCUUCAAA